UACAUACAUAUAUAUGUCAAACAAAAGACCAUGUUAUAUGCAAAGAAAUAAUUAUUUUUGUUUAAAAAUCCGAUUGGAAUGAAACGGAAUUGACGGACUGAAAGGAAAAUAAUAGCAGCAUUUGAUUUCCUUUAAAAUCCAAUCUUUUGUUUUAACAAAAGUGAAUAAAAAAUUGCCGUAUUUUUAAAUUAUUUCUUGCAAUAUUGACAAAUUAUUCAUGAAUUGUAAAAAUUUUAAAAUCCAACUGGAAAUUUGAUUAUUCGACCCACGCGAAUAAAUUUAUGCGGUGUAUAAACAAGACAUAGUCUAAACGAGAUAACAAUAUAUAAAAAGUUCACUCUAAACACAUGUUAUCAUAAUUACUUUUACAAUUACAAUGGCUGUGUAUUUCAUACCUAAAAAUCGAAUAUUUUCAGGGCAUUUUACAAAUAUAGAUGUUACGCAAAGUAAAUGGGCAUCUCGUUGGAUAACCGUUUAUAAAUCAUCGAAUAGUACAAAUUUAUCAAUUAAUAGUAAAAACAUACCUCAUCGUUAUUAUUCGGUGAAGCAGGGGAAUGAAAAUAAGGCGGAAAUAUCAACGAAAAAAGGUAAAUUUAGUAAAUUAAAACGAAUUCGAAAAUCAUGGGGAUGGAAGGCAGGAGCAGGUUGGACUGUAUUAUCUGUAUUGGAUUGGUGGUUAUUAGCUGCUGGCGGGUGGUUGACCUGGCGUAGUAUGAUUUUAAAAUGGACACCAAUUGGAAUUGGCUUGGCUUCACUCCUUCAUUGGCAUUUACAUAAUAGAAAAUGUGAUACUUUGGGCCAGCCAAGAACUGCAUCUAAAAUCAUGGCUGAAGUAUAUUGCUCGUUGCCACUACGACUGAUUAGUCGAGGAUGGGGUUGGUUGGCCGAUUGUCGAGUACCAACAAUAAUACGGCCUGUUGUUUAUGGUGCUUAUUCCACUGCUUUUGGUGUAAACAUUGAGGAAGCUGAAAAUACAAAUUUUAAAGACUAUCGUAGCAUCUCUGAAUUUUUCACACGCCAAUUGAGGCCUGGAGUUCGCACUAUAUCAAAUGAAAGCUGUAUGGUGUCGCCAGUUGAUGGACGAGUUCUCCAUUUCGGCAUCGCUAAUGGCCAUCAAAUCGAACAGGUCAAGGGCGUGAAUUACAGCUUGGAAGAAUUUCUAGGUCCAUUGAAUAAAAAUGGUGUAAAACCUGAAGGAAAUGGUUUCAAACAUAUAAAAGAUGAAGAAACUAAUUUGUACCAGUGCGUAAUUUACCUGGCACCAGGAGACUAUCAUAGAUUUCAUUCACCGACAGAAUGGAAACCGAUCAUCAGGAGACAUUUUCAUGGAGAACUUCUUUCAGUUAAUCCGAAAAUUGCGCAAUGGUUGCCCGGACUUUUUUGUUUAAAUGAGCGCGCUGUUUAUUUGGGUCAUUGGAAAUUUGGAUUUUAUAGUUUCACCGCAGUUGGGGCUACGAAUGUGGGAUCUGUUGAUGUAUAUUUCGAUAAAGAUUUGAAAACAAACAAAUGGGUUGGAAUGAAAUUUGGAAAAAAUAACCUAAUAAACGAAUAUGAUGAAAUACAACUACCACUUGAAACAAAAUUAGCGAGAGGAGAACUUUUGGGUCAGUUCAAUAUGGGCAGUACGGUUGUAAUGAUUUUCGAGGCUCCGAAACAGUUCAAAUUUUCCAUUUCCAAUGGACAAAAAGUUAAGCUAGGUGAACCACUUGGAUGCAUUAAAGAAAAUGAUAAUCCAGUAAAUGAAUAGGAAACAAAGAAAUUUGAUUGCUGAACCAUUGUAACCUCAAAUUGUAAAAUUAAUUUAAAAUAAAAUAUUGCAAAAAAAAGUUUUAAAAAUA